CUGGAGGAUGGGUGUGUAUAAUAUUGGCAAGGCCUCUUCCUGCCUUGUAGGAAACUACCCGGAGAACAACAAGAGGCCAACAGCCAACACCACCACCCCAUUCCCAUCUACGCCAGGGGAACGCCGUAGAUUGUGGGGGCAAAGCAUUAAUGCGCAGCGAUGAAUUUGGAUGGCGGGUGCUCUCAGAAGAAUCAGCUGGGCGUCUCUCCAAGGAAGAAAAUUAUCUCUGCUGACCAGAAAUGCUGCUGGUCCCUUCCUUGAGUGAUUUCUUCUUCUUUCUUUUUACUGAAAUCUUCCAAAGUUUGUGGGCCUCACCAGAAGAUCCGCCUGGUUCCUCCUUUGUAAUCAUUCAUCUUUGUCUUUGAAAGCUAUCUUUCAAAGUAGAGACUACAAUUGUUCAUGAGCUUAUUUGGCUUCGAAACCUUCGCCAUUGCGGCUUUGAAAAGCUCCUGUCCGCCUCAACCGGGACCUUUCCUCCAUUAUAUGUGGCCCUUGCCUUCUGCAAAGCGUUAGCUGCCAAAAUGGCUACCGAACUGAGGGCUGGAGGAGCCGCCUUUCUCUCCUUGCAGAAUGUUCUGGGACACCCCCCAAAAAAGCCUGAGGAGGAAGCCCAAGUGCGGGCUCUAGACGCGGAUGGGGAACGGACGGUCCCUCGGGUCAUUCAGGUUGGCACCAUUGGAGAAUUUCUAGGCUGGAUGCCUCCCCAAGAGAUAAUCCAAGGAUCAGAAGAAGGUUUGGCUCAACGCUGGGAGACCCAGUGGCAGGAAGUCUUGAAGGCGGUCCAGCCUCGUCCUCCUGGGUUGGGGACUCCACACCAGACAAAACCUUUCCCCUGGGACUCCUGCGAGUCCGUCCCCAACACCAGCCAGUGGUCGAAUGGAGAAAGUGUUCCUCAGUUCUUGGUGGUCAACAACGGAGAGUUACGUCCUCGGAUCCUUUAUGGUCCAGGGGUGGAAGAAAACAGGCCGAUGAAGCACUUACUUGUGGACCAAGAGGCUCUCUUGACCGAGGCACAGCGCCAACGUUUUAGGCAGUACAGUUACCAAGAAGCUGAAGAGCCUCAAGAGGUUUGCAAAAGACUCCGGGAAUUUUGCCGUCAAUGGCUGAUGCCAGAGAAACACUCCAAAGAGCAGAUCCUGGAACUGGUGAUCUUGGAGCAAUUCCUGGCCAUCCUCCCUCCAGAGAUGCAGGGCUGGGUCAGAGUCCGUUGUCCUCAGACUUGCUCCCAGGCCGUGGGCCUCGCAGAAGAGUUCCUCAGGAGUCAGAAGCAAGAGAUUAAGGUGCUGGAACCAUGCACAGAAGUGGUGAUGAUCUCCUUGGAGGCUGAAGGAUCCCUGGCAGCCUCUGGAUCUAACAGCCUCCUUUGUGGAGAAGCUGAACGGAAAGACGGUCAGGAUCCCAACUCAGUGGGUGGCCCCGCCAUGAGCAGGAAUCCCCUGGGAGUUUCUCAGCCAAGGGAUCCCGAGCUUCCCGUGUUGUUUGGAUCCUUAAUGGGGAAACCAGGAUCCCUCGAGAGCAGAGAAGGGCUGGUGCAGAAGAACCCAACGGAGCCCAUCCCGAAAGGGGAUGGGGCAAGGCUUUGCAGCGAAGGGGUGUACGAGACGGUGGUCCGUCUGGAGGAGCACGGACACUGGUGCCUCGAAUGCGGCGAAAGCUUUCAAGACGCCUUGGAGCUUCAGAAUCACCAGAAUUCCCAUUCGGGUCGGAAGCGUCCGGAGUGUCCAGAAUGCGGGAAAAGCUUCCGGGACCUUUCGCACGUUCUCCGGCAUCAAACCGUCCACACGGGAGAGAAACCCUACGCCUGCUUCAAAUGUGGACAGAGUUUCACCCAGAAACCAGCACUUAAUCGGCAUCUGAGAAAACAUUUGGAAAGCCAGAGUGACUCAGGUUUCGUCCUGAGUAUGAAAACCCCAAGGACAGACAUGGGUAGUCGUAAGCGGCCAGAGUGCUUGGCAUGUGGGAAGAGUUUCCGGGACGUUUCUCAGGUCCUUCGGCAUCAGACGGUCCAUACGGGAGAGAGGCCUUACAGCUGCCUUGAGUGUGGGCAAUGCUUCACCCAAAAGCCAGCCCUCAACCGACACAAGAGGAAACACCUCAAAGGCGAAACCUACGAAGGGGACCAAGAAUGGCACGGGAACCAGGAAAAUAGCCACUGGGAUGGGGCAACCCCUUCUUGGGCCUGGCCUAACCAAACAUUCCCCGAGAACGGAGUCGGCCCCUUGGCCAGCAGCCUGGGACAGCAGCCACCAACCAAUCAACAUCCCGAAGCUGCUUCCGGCAUGGACCAGGAAGGCAAAACGGCGAGGAAAACCACCAGCCGUCGGGGACAGAAGAAAUACUGGUGCUUUAUCUGCAUCAAAGGCUUUCGGGACAAGGCAGAUUUGGUGAGGCACGACCGGAUCCACACAGGAGAGAAACCUUAUACCUGCCCGGACUGCGGACGGAAAUUCAGCUACACCUCCAGCUUGUACAAACACCAGCUGAUCCACAGGAGAGCGGACAGCCAGAAAGGGAACCAGCUCAGAGAGGUGUCCACGGACUACGAUACGGGUGGUUUUUCAGCCGUCCGCACGGCUCCCUUGGCUUGUCUUGAGGGCGACGAGGGGUGGCGGAAUGGGGUGAAGUUGGAGGCGACUGAGGUAAAACCAUCCACGGAGGUCUUAUCGGCAGGAAAGGCCCACACGCAAUCAAGUGACUUCGCUUUCGACAUUUCAGCGACGUAAUUCAAAGCGGUCGGCUUCACUUUCCUGCACCUGGUGCGUUUCGGACUUUAGCACCCGCGAAUUCUAGCUUGAACGGAGAAGAGACGCUUGGCUAGUUGAGAAAAGCGAUUCAGUCCAAACCAACCAGCCGAAUCCCUCCCUCCACAGGUGGGUGGGUGGGUAUACAUGCACCCACCGCCCGAUUCUGUGUAUAUAUGUACGUAAAAGACACUUUCUUACCUUUGACCAUCGUUACAUUAUUAAUAUUAUUAUUUUAUGCACAAUAAUACUUCAGUGACCUCCGUUUACAGUUUUCCGUUCUCUGUUCCAAUAAAAGGCUAAGCCAA